AUGGAAAAUAUUUAAAGACAUCCUGUGGAUCUCCAAGCUCCUGAAGUGAUUUCAGGUAAAACUUACUGUGGGUCAGACGCAGAUGUUUGGAGUUGUGGAGUUAUCCUGUUUGCAAUGUUAGCAGGAUAACUACCAUUUGACGAAGAAACAUUCUAAGCCUUAUUCUAGAAGAUUAAGACUGCUGAUUAUGCAAUCCCUAAUAGUUUCAGUCCAUAAGUGCGAGAUUUGAUUAAUAGAAUGCUAACUCCAGAUCCCUUAAAGAGAAUUAAAUUUUAUGAGAUGCAUCUGCAUCCCUAUUUGAGGAGUAACCAGGUUCCCUUUUAUUUAUAAAUCCCAUUUAAAUCGGAUGAAGGCAGAAGACAAAUCAAUAAUGAAGUCUUUGAGAAAUUAAUGCAAUUGUCUUCUGUGAAUUUUAAUGGGAUGUCCCAUAAUUAAAUCUAAAAGAGCAUAAGCAAGAGAGAAAAUAAAUCAUUCGUUGUGAUCUAUGAUUUACUGUUAGGAUAGAUUGGAAUUGAAUCAUCAACCUCCGUGAAUCUGCAUAACUUAACAAAACAAGAUUUGAUAUUUAAUCCUAAAAUACCAUAAUUUGAUGGGUAAUCAUUCGAAAAUGAUCUACUCACUGAAAUCCGAAAGCCUGCUACAUAUGAAUAUGGGAAAGAUCUAUCCAAGGAUGUCAUGGCUGUUAUUUAUCCAUAUUAGGCUAGAUAAAUCAUAAAUGCAAUUUAAACUUGCUUAAAGAAGUUUAAUACUGUCAUUAAAAUCAAGAGUCGUGAUUACAAAUUGAAGUGUUAUCAUAGAAAUUUUAUUAAAAUGACUAAAUACAAUUCGAAUAUUGAGUUAUUCAAUGAAUUUCAAAAGGACAGAGAGAAAGCAGAAUCAAAGAAUGAUUUGACUACUCUUAAUUUCAAAGAGGAAAACAAUUACAAUAAAUCAAAAAGUAAGGAAUACAAAUAUUCACCAAGAGAGAUUAUAUUCAAUAUUCAAAUCUACAAAGUAUUUAUCUUAUUAUAUAAUUUAGAUGCCUGACAAUGGUGAUGAUCACAUGAUCGAUUUCCAAUUAUGCAGAGGUCAUCCAGUUGUUUUUAUGGAUUGUUGCAACAAAGUCAUUGCUUUGGUUAAUGAGCAUUUCAAUUAAUUUUGA